CUCUACAAUAUUUGCAAGAUAAGCAGUAUGCACUGGGAGAAAUCACCAUCGUCGGCACUGUCCAGGUCCAGACCUUACCAAGGUGUUCGAGUCAGAGACCCGGUCAAAGAGCUGCUGAGGAGGAAGAGGAGUCUGGAGCUGCACAGCACCAAGACUGCACCCCCUACUGUGGAUGUGGUUGCACACAACAACCAGUCAUCAUACACACAAGCCAUCUUUGGCGCUGAUGUUACCAGUGUCACCUCAGCUGAACCGUCAACAGCAGCUGGUGAUGGAGGCCUGCAGUACACAGGGUGGAAAGCUCCACCCCCUGCCACUAGUGCUGGCCUGCAACCUGCCAUGACACCAUGGUCCUCACCUGAGUACAACCAGCAGGAGCCCUCGGCACAGAAUCUGGCCUACCCAGGCACCCCCACCCUGACUGCAGAUGUGUAUAUGCAGACUCUGUGCCCCAGCUACACCAUGCUGACCUACACACACACACCACUUCUCACUAAUAUUGGGACUAUACCAGUGGCCUCUGCACCAGCUUCCCUUCCCCAGAUGGAGCUCCCAGACUCGGCACUGACCUACCUCCCCUGGGCCCAGCCUCUCACCACCAUAUCUACCAUGCCUAACCCGGGGGUCCAGUUUGCUCCUGGCUCUGCGGCCCUGCCUGGGUCACCUCUGAUGCACAUGCCCUUGUCUGUGUCUGUGACCACAAUGGUCCCUCAGCUGGAGGCCCAGGGUGUAGACCCUCAGUCCCAGAUUCUAGAGCUCCCACAGCAUUCAGGCCACCAGCUGGACCCUGAACCGCAAGGCCCAUCUUUGGAUGAAGAUCCAGAGGUAGAAUCGGAAUCAUCAAACUUACUGGAUAAAUUUCUGGAUGAUAAGGAAGCUGAUGAAGAGGAGGAUAAGGAGUCAUAUAGCAGCUCACUGUACAUACCCAAUGUCUGAAAAUAUGAAUGUCUGUUUAUAGAAAGCAGUAUAAUUGCUCUUUUUGUUAUCUCAGGGUCACUGAAAUAACAAAAUGUAUGAAAGGCCCUUCUUUCAUACAUUUUGGCUUAAGCCUUUAAUUGUUGCAUUGCCUCGCCCCGGAAAUAAUUCAAGUUCAUUAUAACUAGGGUCUUAAUGUUGUAGUUGUGACCACAGUAACUUCCAAAUAUCAAGGUUGGACUGCCAAAAAGACAGCCUGGGCAAGUGUCUCAGAGCCACAGAACAUCUGGCCCCAGCUGUUUACCUGUAGUAAUUGAUUUCAUUACAAAGAUCACCUUGUUAGUAUUUUGUCACUAUUUUGUCCCCCACCCAACUACUUUUUAUUCUCAUCUCUCUCCUUUACAUUCUUUCCUUUGGGGAAAACUCCUGACCGUCCGACUUCCCCUUCGAGCAGCACAGAGAGAAGAGAAGGUCGCUGAACUUUUGUUGUUACACAAGCAUUUUCCUAUAUGAACACAAGAAGAGCUCUUCUAAUAUAUAGAUAACAUAUAUUCCAUAACACAUGUUAAUCAAAAAUAUGUUAACAAAGAAUUAACUGUCAAGGAUUCCCAGUACCACUACUAGCCAGGCUAAUUGGUGGACUCUUAUUACAAUGCCAGACGAGCAAAGGUGAAAACAGUCUCUUUAUUAUGCUCACAGACUGAUCACUAAACCCACGUAAACACAAACAAACACUCACAGGUCGGGAACACAGUCCAAGGUCAGAACCAGCAAAUUCACACAGCCGAGAGAUCCGAAGCGAGGGGUCAGAGAGGGAAGUCUGAUAGCUGAAUACCAGGAAAACAGUCCAAAACAGAAGACAGAAACAAGACAGAAUCAUGACAAUUAACUAUAUAUAACAUAAACUGUUUGUUAUA